AUGGCGUUGCUGAGGUUCUCUGUUCUACCCGCAGCGUUGAAGAACUACGGAUGCGGCAGCCUGGCAGUGUCCGUAAGGAUGUACGCGGGCGUGACUGCGCUGGCCUUGUCCCUGGAGAGCUUCGUGCUUGUCCCGAUCGGGGCUAGGAUUGAUUCGCUCGAGAAUAUGAUGUCGAGGAAGCACACGCUGCAGGAGAAGGCGGCUCUCGUGCUGGGGGUCGUCUUGCUGCUCACGUUAGUUUUCGGCAUCAGGCGAACCGUGCGGUUGCAGAUCGAACAAAUACAGCGGGACACCGCCGCCAGGGGCAGCGGUGGCGACGGUGGCGGGAGUUUGCAGGAUACGGGGAGGGGUGUUCCACCGAGAGGAAGGCGAGAGGGUGGUGCGGGUCACGGUUUCGGCGGGAGUCGGCUGCCGCCAGGGGAAGGGCGGUUUGCUGUCGCCCGCGACACAUCGCUCAUGGACGAGCACGCGGUUCUUUGACUGCGUCGGGCAGUCCUUUUGGCCCGUUCGCGAAAAAAGGACCAUGGUAUGCAUGUUCUUCCGUGAAAGGGAGCAAAGAAGUAGCCAUGGUAUGCUUUUCCGUGAAAGGGAUAAAGAAGUACCGUGGCUGCUAUAUGUACGUAGCUGCGGAUCACGCGGUUCUCUGACUCUGGCUGUCCUUUUGGCCCAUCCGUAAAAAGGAACAAAGCAAAACCAUGGUAUAGUUGCUCUUCCGUGAAAGGGGGAGCAAACAAGUACCAUGGUAUGCUGUUCCGUGAAAAUAUGCACCAUGGCAGCUGCGGAUCCUGGGGCACGGUUGAUAUUCCGGGAUGGAUGACGAUGUGUAUACG